CGGGAUAGCAUCCGGGUCCCCCGCGGCAGCGGCGAGCGGCGGCGCGCAGCCCGGCAGGCCCCUUCGCGGCCGCUGUUUCUCUCCAAGGCGGCACUCCCCCCCUCUCCCCGAUCGGCGCCAUGGCGAUGCAAGCGGCCAAGCGAGCUAACAUCCGGCUGCCCCCGGAGGUCAAUCGGAUCCUUUAUAUUCGGAACCUGCCGUAUAAAAUCACAGCGGAGGAAAUGUAUGAUAUUUUUGGGAAAUACGGACCUAUUCGACAAAUCAGAGUUGGAAACACUCCUGAAACUAGAGGAACAGCCUAUGUGGUCUAUGAAGACAUCUUUGAUGCCAAAAACGCUUGUGACCACCUGUCGGGAUUCAAUGUGUGCAACAGAUACCUUGUCGUUUUGUACUAUAAUGCAAACAGGGCAUUCCAAAAGAUGGACACAAAGAAGAAAGAGGAACAGCUUAAGCUUCUCAAGGAAAAAUACGGAAUUAAUACAGACCCACCAAAAUAAACUGAUCUUUUGGGAAAACUCUUUCCAAGCCCUGCUGUUGAGUUCAGCUCUUUUGAAGCCCUGCAACUGAGUUCUUGAACUAAACAUGGGAAUUCUCCAUGAAGUAUAACUUUUUUUAAAAAAAAUUGAUAAGCUGUAAUUUGAGUCUUUAGGUUUUCAUGUUAGAAUUAAAUGUAAAACAUCGGAAGAUCUGCUUUAAGAUUAAAUCCCCCUAAAUGGA